UUGGGUGCAUUCACUUUGAAGACUAAAAAGGAAAAACAUUUCUAUGGAAAAUAAGAAAUAAGGAAAGCCAGGAAGGGUUGAAAUGCUGGGUUUGAACGUUUAUUUGCGAGUAAGGAAAGAAAAUGGGGACAUUUACAUUCACUUUACGAAAAGUUGUCUUUUGUGCACAGAAAUGGCAAGAUUCAACAAACAAAAGGAAAGUAGAGGAACAUGUGACUCUCCUCGUCCUCAUAUAUGGAAAUAUGAGCAAAUACAGAAGGCAAUUUGUGAUUAUUUGGAGAAUUAAGGGCCAGAUUAACCGCGUAAUCACACUCUCUUUUUUGGGCCUCUCGUCUUUAUCUUUUUACAUUUGUCUGUCUAUAGGACUAUGGUCUUCUAGUCCCAAACGUCAGGUUUUAAAAAUAAUUAAACAGAUGAGAUUUUAGUCUAUGUACUAUUUUCCUUUGAGAACGAUAACGGAAGAGAGGAGACGACUUGCAGACGUAUUGCAUCAACUAUGGAGUUGGGAAGCACUGAAGAUGGAAGGCAUGACAAGUUUCCGGUAGGAAUGAGGGUCCUUGCUGUGGAUGACAAUCCAACCUGCCUUCGCAAACUCGAAGAGUUGCUCCUUCGCUGCAAGUAUCAUGUGACAAAGACAAUGGAGUCGAGGAAAGCUCUGGAAUUGCUGAGAGAAAACAGCAACAUGUUUGAUCUGGUCAUAAGCGAUGUAGAGAUGCCAGACACGGAUGGCUUUAAGUUGCUUGAGAUCGGUCUUGAAAUGGACCUUCCUGUCAUCAUGUUGUCAGCUCAUAGCGACUAUGACAGCGUUAUGAAAGGUAUUAUACAUGGCGCUUGCGAUUAUCUGGUCAAGCCUGUUGGACUCAAGGAGCUUCAGAAUAUAUGGCAUCAUGUUGUGAAGAAGAACAUUAAAUCUUACGCCAAAAACAUAGGCCCUUCUCGCCAACUGCUCCCACCUUCUGAAUCCAAUCUCGUCCCAAGCGCCAGCAAAAAACGGAAAGAAAAAGCCAAUGACAGUGGUGAUGAAGAUGACAGUGACAGAGAAGAGGAUGAUGGUGAGGGGAGUGAACAGGAUGGUGACGAGGCAGGUACGCGGAAGAAGCCACGUGUUGUUUGGUCGCAGGAGCUCCACCAGAAGUUUGUCAGUGCUGUUCAGCAAUUGGGCCUCGACAAGGCUGUUCCCAAAAAAAUACUUGAUCUCAUGAGUAUAGAAGGUCUCACUAGGGAAAACGUAGCCAGCCAUUUGCAGAAGUACAGACUGUACUUGAAAAAGAUAGACGAAGGUCAGCAGCAAAAUAUGACCCCAGAUGCAUUUGGAACCAGAGAUUCAUCUUACUUUCAGAUGGCUCAACUUGAUGGACUUAGAGAUUUUACUGCCACAAGACAAAUUCCAAGCUCGGGACUCUUAUCGCGUUCCCAUCUCACCAAACUUCAACCCCCUAUGUAUUCAUCAAUAAAUCUCCAAGGAAUGAACUCCUCCAGCUUCAUCCAACAGGGGCAUCACCAUAACUCAAGCAACUCAGCUAAUCCAUUUGGAACAUAUCACACUACUCUGUCACCAAGAAUCCAGAACGUGAAUCUGUUUCAGCGAACUUCAUCUCCACUAGAAACCCUCCAGUUUCCGAGGAGCAAGUCAUACAUCGGAGAUUUUAAAGGCAUAGGGGACCGAGCAGUUGGCGGUAGCUUCCUAGAUUCUUGUAUGCCAUUUGGGAGCUCUAGCACCUCUUUGCCAAGUGCUUCCACCAAUACUCUAAUGUUGCAAGCAAACUAUACACAACCCCUGCAUAUAUCCUCAGAUGGAAAUCAGCCUUGCAUCGAGGGAACUCCCUCCAACUCUGCCUCCCCAAACAUCAGUUUCCAAGGCUUAUCUAGAUUUCCAAGUCAUAGCUGGCAAGGGAAUUUGAACACAACCAGAUUCCCACCGAGUUCCUUACCUCUAAAUCCUGCUUUCUUGCCGGAUCAAGUGACAUGUGCAGGGAACAAUCUGGGAGAUUGUACCUCUUUGGUUUCUGCAGGGAAUCCUGGUGGAGAGAUUCAGUGUGAGCCUCAGUUACUUGGCGGCUUCAUGCAGAACAUGAAUCCGUUAGACGGACAGAAAUGGGAGCAACAAAACUGCACCAUGCUGAACAAUCCAUUCGGUAACAUUGAGUAUCCUCUACCCGCAGAUAACAUGGUUUUCAGAGACAACAAUGCAACCAGAAGCAAAGGCUUGGAUGAGUCACUGAUGAACCCAAUAGACAACAGUCAGGAGUAUGUUGGAAAAGCUACUACAAUGCUGGAUCCAGAGAUGAAGUCAGGAAAGCCAGAGAAUGACAACCAGCACGAUGUAUUCGAUGACCUAAUGAAUGAGAUGAUGAAACAGGUAACGCCUUGUUUUCUUGAUUGGACUAAAAGCUUUUUUGUAAUAGUAGAAAAUGAAAGUGCAUGUGUUUGUUGCAGGAGGAGAAUAACGGAAUGGUGUCAGUGGCUACUAGAUUUGGCUUUGAUUCGUUUCCUCCGCCUUAAGUAGUCAUCUCCUUCUCUAUCAGUUGCAUUAAGUUUCUCCACUUGAGACCAUUUUCAUUUCUUUUUUCUUCCCACAUUGUUUCCUUCGACUGUCAAUAGAUCAGCUGACACAGUGCACCUACCUUUUUCAUACUCUCUUUGAUGAAUUGGAAUUGGAAUUGAAAGC